AUGAAGAAUGUGACAACAAAAGAAGGAGAUCAACAAGUAUAUAUCCAAUAUAAAUUACCUGAUGAAAAAUUGAUGAUUAUUGAUUUUAAACCAUUGGCUAAUAUGAAUACAGCUCAUCAUAUACUCACGUUGGCUUGUGUUACUCCCACAUCUAAUGAAUCCAUUUGGUUUGAUGGAACAGCAUGUAGAAAUAAACAAAUGAUCAUUUAUGAUUGGUCAAGAAAUGGAUCUUCAUUAGCAUUACCUAAAGAUACUGGUUUUGUUGUUGGUCAUAAUACAUCAUACAAAUAUCUUGUAAUGAAUAUUCAUUAUUUGCCAAUUAUUACCAAUGAUAAUUCUGGUAUCCAAAUUCUUUUUACUCGAAAGAUGCGAAAGUAUCAUGCAGGAAUGUUUUUAGCUGGUACAUCAAAUAUCACUUUACCACCGAGAACACAAGAUAUUCGAACACCCUUUUCAUGUCGUUAUCUUGGACCUGCAAUAUCCAUAUUUGCUCUCCACUAUCAUACACAUCAAUGGGGAAGGGUAUCUUCAAUAUAUCGAGUACGAAAUAAAACUAUUUUACAGAUUGGUAAAAGUAAUCCACAAUGGCCUCAAUCAUUUUAUCCACUUUCAUCACUUAUACAGAUUGAAAAGGGUGAUUUUAUUAUUGGUCAAUGUGUUUAUGAUAACAAUGAUGAUAGAAUUAUUAACAUCGGACAAAGACAUGAUGAUGAAAUGUGUAAUAUAUAUGCAAUGUAUUCAUAUGAGCCAGCUGUACUAAAUAAUAAUAAAUGGGAAAGAUUUAAUCCUUUGAUUGAAUUUUGUUGGGGAGAAUAUCCUGGUAAUAUAACGAGACUAAUUCCAUCUGAUAGUGUCAUUAUUCCAGACCAACCAUAUACUAUUGAGCAAAUACAAAAGAAUAAUGACAUACAUAUGAAAUCUACAAUAGAAUCAUCUACUAGAGAUACAUAUACAGAUGUUGAAAGCUGGUCUACAAUUCGAUCCUUAUUAACUGAUUUGAAACAUCUUCAGGCGAUUACAAUUAACAUAACAAAACUAUAUUUUUUUCUCAUCAUAUGUUUGAUUAUAUUUUUAUCGAUUUUGGCUUCUUGGAUUGUGUAUCAUGUGGCUGUUCAUAGUAAUUGGAACUAUCGAUACAAAGGAUUUCAUAGAUUAACACAAAAUGAAGAAGAAGACAAAUCACAAGAUGUUUGUGUCAACUGUGUCAUUUAA